ACAACAGGUUUAUAUAGUGUCAUAAAUUUCAGCUAAAAAUCAUUCCUUCAUUCUCCGUGUUCAUAGUCCGUACAAAAUGAAGUCGAAAGGAAUCACUUUGUCUUCUCUUUAUCUCGUCUUUCUUCUUUACUCUAUGAGCUCACAAUGGUUACAAGCUGAUGCUUCAGGAAAUGAGACUGAUCGACUUGCUUUGCUCAAGUUUAAAGCAGGAAUAACCAGUGAUCCAAAUAGAAUCUUGAACUCAUGGAAUGACUCUCUCCAUUUCUGCAACUGGUUUGGAAUCACAUGCAGUUUCCGGCAUCAGAGAGUCACAUCUCUGGUCUUAGAUGGGCAGAAUUUGCUUGGAUCAAUAUCACCAUACAUUGGCAACCUCAGCUUCCUCAGGUUCAUCAGCCUCCAGAACAACAGUUUCCGAGGUCAGAUUCCACAAGAAGCUGGCAGGUUAUUUCGCCUGGAAUAUUUCCUUCUUGACAACAACACCUUGGCCGGCGAAAUUCCCACCAACUUGACCUUCUGUUCUCAACUCAGAGGGAUUGGCUUGCAAAGGAACAAUUUAUCAGGAAAAAUACCAGCAGAACUCGGUGCUUUAGUAAAGCUUGAGGAGUUUCGGCUUCGAGUGAACAAUCUCAGAGGAGAAAUCCCAGCUUCGUUCGGCAAUCUUUCUUCGCUCAUUAUCUUUCAUGUGACACUCAACAGCUUGAUGGGAAAUAUUCCUGAUUCCAUGGGAGGAUUAACAAGCUUAAAAACUUUUGCAGUUGGAGUUAAUCUUCUUUCUGGUACAAUCCCUCCAUCCAUUUUUAAUAUCUCUUCUAUAAUAAACUUUGAAGUUACACAUAACCAGCUCAAUGGUAGCCUGCCAGACAACAUAGGCUUCACUCUCCCAAAUCUCAAAUUUUUUGGGUUUGGUGAGAAUAAUUUUGUUGGGUCAAUUCCAAGCACAUUGUUCAAUGCAUCUCAGUUGGAAAUUAUUGAUCUUGGUCUGAAUAACCUUGUUGGGCAAGUUCCAGCUUCUCUGGGAAAUCUUAAGAACCUGUGGAGGAUACGACUUCAUGGGAAUAAUCUAGGAAGCAAUUCAACUAAUGACUUGGCUUUUGUUUCCUCUCUGAUAAACUGUACCAAGCUGAGAAUCUUGGAUUUUGGCAAAAACAAUCUUGGUGGUGUUUUUCCCAAUUCUGUGGCAAAUUUGUCAUCUGAACUGAAUAUCUUUUACUUUGGAGACAAUCAAAUCUCUGGCAUCAUUCCUGUAGGAUUUGAGAAUCUAAUCAACCUGGUUGGAUUGGUCAUGCACUACAACCUUUUCACAGGUGUUGUUCCCUCUUUCUUUGGCAAGUUUCAACAGUUACAAGUUCUAGAUUUAACUGGAAACAGAUUGUCUGGUCAGAUUCCAUCCUCCAUAGCAAACCUCUCAGGAUUGUCUCAGCUCUUCUUAUCAGAAAACAGAUUUGAAGGAAGCAUUCCUUCAAAUAUUGGAAACUUAAAGAACUUGAAUAUAUUAGCCAUUUCACAAAAUAACCUCAGUGGAGCCAUACCUCAUGAGCUUUUAGGCCUUUCUUCCUUAUCACAGGUACUAGAUUUAUCAGAAAACUCAUUUACUGGUAAACUUCCACCGGAAAUUGGGAAGCUUACUAGCUUGACAAAAUUAGAUGUCUCAAAAAACAAUCUUUCUGGUGAAAUUCCUUCAACCAUUGGAGAUUGCUUGAGCCUGGAAUAUCUUUACAUGCAAGCUAAUUCCUUUGAAGGAACCAUCCCCUCUUCAUUGGCUUCCCUAAAAGGCCUUCAAUAUUUAGACCUUUCAGAAAAUAACUUGACUGGACAAAUUCCUGAAGGGCUCCAGGGGAUUCAAUUUUUACUUUAUCUAAAUCUUUCUUUCAAUAAUCUUGAAGGUGAGGUACCAAAUGGAGGAGUGUUCAAAAACACAAGUGCAUUUUCACUAACUGGAAACAGUAAGCUUUGUGGUGGUGUCCCAGAACUGAAUUUGCCAAAAUGCCCCAAGAAGGUGACGAAGAAAGGGAAGUCUCUCACAUUUAAGCUAGCAAUCGUAAUUCCUUGUGUAACUUUAUUGGUCGUUUUGAUGCUAUUCUUUCUUCUUGUGCAUCACAAGAGAAAAUCAGUACAGAAGUCAUCUUCUACCGCAUCCUCAGAGAUGAACAAACUUGAGAGGUCAUCUUCUGAAUCUUUAAUAAUGAAUCGCCUUCGUUUAAAGGUGUCUUACAGAGAACUUUUUCGGGCAACAAAUGGGUUCUCCUCUAGUAAUUUAAUCGGAUCUGGCAACUUUGGUUCUGUAUAUAAAGGAUUUUUAGAUCAAGUAAAAAGACCUGUUGCUGUUAAAGUUCUUAAGCUUGAUAAAAAGGGAGCUUCUAAGAGUUUUAUGGCUGAAUGCAAAGCGUUAAUGAAUGUUAAGCAUCGGAAUCUCGUUAAGAUUUUGGCAUACUCCUCUACUGUGGAUGAAAAACUCAACGAAUUCAAAGCUCUAGUCUUUGAAUUUAUGGGAAAUAGAAGCUUAGAGACAUGGUUGCAUCCUGAUAUUUGCGACGAAAGACAACCGAGAAAAUUGAAUCUUGUUCAGAGACUAAAUGUUGCAAUUGAUGUAGCAUCUGCCUUGCAUUAUCUUCAUGACCUCUGCAAAAGACCAAUCGUUCAUUGUGACUUGAAGCCUAACAAUGUUCUUUUAGAUGAUGACAUGGUUGCUCAUGUGUGUGAUUUUGGUCUGGCAAGAUUCCUAUCAACUUCUUCCUAUGCUUCAUCUCAAAGUAAAUUUAGCACCACUGGAAUCAAAGGAACAAUUGGCUAUGCUGCGCCAGAAUAUGGAAUGGGUUCUGAAGCAUCAAAAAAGGGAGAUGUCUAUAGCUAUGGGAUCCUGUUGUUAGAGAUGUUCUCAGGAAGAAGACCAGUUGAUGAAAUGUUUAAAGAAGGUCUCAAUCUCCAUGACUUUGUGAAGGCAGCAUUGCCACAGAGAGUAAUGCAGAUUGUGGACCCAAAUCUGCUUGCAGAAGAAAUAGAAGAAUCAAAAGCAGCAGAAGAAGCAAAUAAAGAAGACGAUCAGAAUCUAACAGAAGAAGAUGAAGGAAUCAGUGAAAGUGUGAGCAAGAUGAGAGGAAAUGUGCUGCGUUGCUUGCUGUCAAUAUUUGAAAUCGGAGUCAUCUGUUCAGCAGAAUGGCCAAAAGGACGAAUGAGCAUGAGAGAAGUCGCCGGCCAACUGCAUUUGAUCAAGAAUGCUUUUCUUGAAGAAAGUGGACCAAGCAUCACAAUUCACGAUUUGUUAAUUAAAGAGUAAAAAAUAUUAUGAUAUAGCUUAAAU